CAUACAUUUAUCAAUAUCUUUUCGAUAAAACAAAGGAAUUCCCUGCGGGUCAGAGGAUAGAUAGAUCAUAGCCACGAUGAAAGUGUUAGUAACUGCGUUAAUUAUCAGUUUCAGUACAGCUGUACUAACUGUACCUGUUUCUAUAAUUACUGCUCCUCUGUCUGUGGAAACUAUUCCGGGUUCCAGUUUGGACUCAACUAAAGUUCUAGGGAAACUGGAAGCAGCCUACGCCCAAUAUGGAGCCGACUCAACUAGUUUUAAAAAUUCGCUCCAGAAUAUUAUAAAUGCCUACAUGUCGAUCGCCGCUGAUUACGAAGCCCAAGCUGGAAUACUGGAAGUGAGGGCAGAUAUUGCCGAAGCUGCCAAGAAUGACGUAUUAGCUACAGAACUGGAAAUAAAGGGAGAUGCCUUAGAGGCCUUGGCGGAGGGGUACACAAAGACGGCUGAAAUGUUGCAAGAAUUUUUGAAAUUGAUCAGCGAGCACGAACACAAAUUGUCAGUAGUUUUCCGCGAGGUGAAAUCUGGCAUGAUUGGAACUGCUGCGAUGGAGUCAAGACUUCGACCACAGGCCACAUCGUCUCUACCAACAACUGGUGGACAACCAUCUACUGGUGGACAACCAUCUACUGGCGGAAAACCAACAACUGGUGGACAACCAACUACUGGCGGACAACCAUCUACUGGUGGACAACCAUCUACUGGCGGACAACCAACAACUGGUGGACAAUCAAUAACCGGUGGACAACCAACUACUGGUGGACAACCAACAACUGGCGGACUACCAACAACUGGUGGACAACCAUCUACUGGCGGACAACCAACUACUGGCGGACAACCAACAACUGGCGGACAACCAUCUACUGGUGGACAACCAUCUGGACUGGUGGACAACCAACAAUUGGUGGUCAACCAACCGGAGGAAACACCGCACCCGAACCGACAGCUCAAGAUGUUCAGGCAUUACUCGAAAGUUUGUUGGCAAAUAUGAGUAACACUGUGUAAAUUUCACUAUUUCUAUCGAGUUUCAAUGUUCAAAAUGACAAAAUUGGAUCAAAUAAAUUCUGCUUUAGAGAACUAGUGAGCGGUAAUAGACAAUGUGAUAGCUUCCACGCUAUGGUAGAUGCUAACUGACUUUUUGUGUAUCGUAUUGAUGACAUUUAUUUUGUUAAAAUGGCUCAAGAGCUGUGCAAUAAAGCAUUUCGUCGUAAAUCAA